AUGGCAAUCCGCACACGUCGGACAGUCUCCCGCAGGCUGCUCACCUUUUCGGCAUUUUCGGUUCUUAUCGUACUGCCUCUGUACUUUUUGCUUCGAGCUCAACGUUUUUUCGUCCAGCAUGCUGGUAAUACGGUGGCACAGGACCAGAUCGCCUUUGCUUAUACCAAUAUCCACUUUGAGACGCGGACAAGGUACAUACCUCGUAUCAUACACCAAAUCUUCCAUACGCGGCAUGAUUCCCAGAAUGAAACCGUACCAGCCAUUUGGGACCGAGCAAGACAUUCUUGUAUAACCCUACACCAAGACUGGGAAUACAAGGUGAAAUCGCGAGACUUUAUAGAGAAAAAUUACCCCUGGUUUUUGACCAAGUACGACGGUUUUACCUUUCCAGUACAGCGUAUUGAUGGAUGUCGCGCAAACCUUGAACCACUCCUUUACUAUCCAGCAUGGCUCACUGACGGCGGACGUGGAAGUCUGAGCAAUAACAUCCUCGGCGCCAAACCGAACCACCCGUUUUGGGUCUUUGUUACCGAAUCGCUGCUCCGUCCCUCGUGGAAUUACCAUUUGCCAUACUUCACCAUUAGCUUUGAGACAGGCCAGUGGUUUCUUACAGAUGUAUGGCGACGAUAUCAUGGCGGACUGUCCAACACAGAGCCUGUGCUUGACCGUGUCAUGAUGGGUAGCAGACCGGGCUCAGCACCGUGGAUAUUCUUUAUGCGUGCAGGAGGUUCGUGGUGGAGUUUGGAUAGUGCAUGGUUUCUUUGGAUAGGGGCGCAUUUGUUUGCAUUUUCGUUCGGCGUUGUUGUCUUUCUUGGUGUAAUUCUUGCAAGGCUCUAUCGUGGUCCAAGAUUGGCAAGGGUAGUCGUGGCUUGUCGGAUGACGUAUCAAAGGAUUUAUAUCGAUAAAGAUGCCGUGGGGUGA